CAAGUCGAUGCACGUGAACGCACCACCUUGUGGAUUUGAAGCGUAUGGAGAAAGCCUGAGCUUCCGAGCACUUUUUUUCCCCCAUUCUUCUGUGAGCCGACACACAACCGCCCCUUGCCCCACCCCCACCCCAGGCAGCUGGAUUAUGGAACUACAUCUGUCCAAGAAUAUCAUCUCAUGCGCGGGUGCAGGUCUCGUCUGGUGACGUCACGCUCGGGGCAGGCUCAAGAGUGGGCGGGGCCGCGUGAAUUGGGUCCCACGCAAGCAGAGCUCAACCUUCUCCUCCACUGUGGUCACGACUCGCGUGGAAGGAGCUGGCGAGAAGACAGAAUUGCUCCAAAAUUGCACCCCCCCGCCUGUUUUUUUUUUUUAUAGGACUAUAGUGGAUCUUUGUCUGUCCUUCCCUCCCAUGUCGCCACGCGUGUCGGCUUCGGCGUGGACUUGUCUGCGCCUCGCUACGUCGAACCGACGCUCGGCGCUGCAUGCAACGCGGGCCUGCCUGACUCGUCUGCAUCCCUCCUUCUAAUCUCCUCCAAGGUGUCAUGAAUUUGGAGAGACUCUCCGAGACCGCGGCGGUGGUGCGAGCCCACGCCAAUCCGAACCCGAACCCACCUCCUCCUCCCCGCGCGUCACGCGACGUGAGCCCCGCGUUCCACUUGCAGCCGAGAAGCUCCAACAUCACCACGAGCGCUCGCGGGGGGACUUUAGAGCACUCGAGCAGCGACUCUUCGGACGCCGAGCUGGCAGCGGAAAAGGAGCGUAGCAGCAGCAGCUGCGGCGGCGAUGUGCGGGUCAGCGGCGGCGGCGAUGUGCGCGUCAGCGGCGGCGGUGAUGAGGCGCUGUCGUGCGCCGACGACCCCAAGAAAAAGAAGCAGCGGCGGCAGCGCACGCACUUUACCAGCCAGCAGCUGCAGGAGCUUGAGGCCACCUUCCAGCGGAACCGAUACCCGGACAUGAGCACGCGCGAGGAGAUCGCCGUGUGGACCAACCUCACCGAGGCCAGAGUCAGGGUGUGGUUCAAGAAUCGGCGCGCCAAGUGGCGCAAGCGCGAGCGCAACCAGCAGAUGGACCUGUGCAAGAACGCCUACCUGCCGCAGUUCAGCGGCCUGAUGCAGCCCUAUGACGACCCCAUGUACCCGGCGGCGGCUGCGGCGGCGGCCGCAUACACCUACAACAACUGGCCCAACAAGAGCCUGCACGGCCCCAAGAACUUCCCCUUCUUCAACUCCAUGAGCCCGCUCACCUCGCAGCCCGUCACCAUGUUCUCGUCGUCGCCGGCGCCCAUCACGACCAUGAGCGUGCAAGCGGCCGCCGCUGCCGCCGCAGCCGCCCACGCGCACGGCGGCAUGCCCUCCAUGGGCGGCCCCCCGCCAGGCCUCAACAACAUCGGCAACCUCAACACGGCGCCGCCGCCGCCUCCGCAUGGCCCACCGGGCCUCAACGCAGCCGGCAUGUCGUCGCCGGGCUGCCCUUACGCGGCGGCCGGCUCGCCCUACGGCGUCUACCGGGAAACGUGCAACCCGAGCCUGGCCACGCUCAGACUCAAGUCCAAGCAGCACCACUCCAGCUUCGGCUACGGGGGGCUGCAGAGCCCCGCCUCGGGCCUCAACGCCUGCCAGUACAACAGCUGACCCGACCCCGCUCGCGACGUGACGUAACGCGACGAGACGUGUUGCUCUGUUGUCAAUGGAACACUUGUUACUCUGUACAUACGCCACAUGUAAAUAUAUACUGGCUUAACAUGGACAAUA